UGCGCGCGUGUUUGUGUGUGUCAACAAUCUGUGCGACACGUGCUUUUUUCCAUAUUGCAUUUUCUUCAGAAUUUUCGUGUUUUUCUUUCUCUUCACAUUCCCCGGGAGUAUAUUUGGGACAAAAUGGAGACGCAACUUAAGGAGGUGGCACUGAAAUUGCACGAGAUUGGUGCCGUGAAGUUCGGGGAGUUCAAGCUGAAGACCGGUCGAAUGUCACCUGUUUACUUCGACUUGAGGGUCAUCGUGAGCUACACAGGAGUCAUGAAAUCCUUGGUGAAUCUGCUGAUUGAGGUUAUCAAGAGAGAGGAAAUCGAUGCCAAAUACGUCUGCGGAGUGCCUUACACUGCCCUUCCUGUGGCCACUGGUGUCUGCUGGGAGUCCAAUCUCACUAUGCUGAUGCGUCGGAAGGAGAAGAAGGACUAUGGGACGAAGAAGCUGAUUGAGGGACACUUUGAGCGCGAGGAAAACUGCCUAAUUGUUGAAGACAUCAUCACGUCAGGCGGAAGUGUCUUGGAAACAGCUGACGAUUUGAAGGCUGAGGGUCUGCUCGUGACCACAGCCCUGGUGAUCAUCGACAGAGAGCAGGGAGGCAAGACCAGACUGGCUGAGAAAGGUAUCGAGAGCUUCUCUCUCUACACGAUGUCCUCAUUCCUGGACAUUCUGCACAAGGCGGGAAAACUUCAGGAAGAAACUGUCCAGUCUGUGCUGAAGUACAUUGAAGAGAACAGAUUCCCACCAUCAGCUGCUGUAGCUGAAGCUCCAGUUGAUCGGCUGAAGAUGUCUUUUGCUGAGAGAGCUACUCUGGCGAAGAAUCCUGUGGCAAAGGAGCUCUUUAGACUGAUGCAGACGAAGCAAUCCAAUCUCUGCCUGGCAGCUGACCUCACGAAGACUGCAGACAUUCUCAAUCUAGCCGCCGAAGUUGGUCCCUUCCUCUGCCUCCUGAAGCUCCACGUGGACAUAAUCAAGGACUUCUCAAAGGACUUCAUAGCGUCACUCAAGCAAUUGGCGCAGAAGCAUCGAUUCCUGCUGAUGGAGGAUCGCAAAUUUGCCGAUAUCGGCAGUGUUGUGGAGAGUCAGUAUCAGGAUGGCGUGUAUGAGGUGUCUUCUUGGGCUGAUGUGGUCACUGUGCAUGCUCUUCCGGGUCCUGGCAUCCUUCAGGGCCUGCGGAAGGUGAUGAAGGGCACAGAAGAGAAGCGGGGAAUGUUCAUCCUGGCGCAGCUCAGCUCUGCCGGCGCUCUCACCACUUCUGCCUAUGCCCAGGACGCUGUGAAGCUCACUGAGGGCUUUGAAGACUUCCUCACGGGUUUCGUGUGCCAAGACGGAAGUCUUCUCAAAGCCCAUCCGGGCGUCAUUCAACUGACGCCGGGCGUGAAGAUUGAGGGAACCGGCGAUGGCCUCGGGCAGCAGUACAACACACCAGCAAAGGUGAUGGGAGAACUUGGAGGCGACAUUGCUGUGGUCGGGAGAGGCAUUUACGAGGCGAAGGAUGCCGUGAGUGCGGCAGAAAUCUAUCGCACCACUCUCUGGGACGCAUAUUCCAAGAGGAUCCACUGA